AUGAAGUAAAAUGCUAAUCUAGGAAAGGUUUUAUAUAUGAAUAUAGUUCUAACAUUUCAUUUAUCUUAAUGCUUGGCAUUGGCUAGUCUCUUACCCCAAAUUGUCGAUUAGAACAAUUACUCAUAUUUAGGUGGACUAGGAUUAAUAACCAUAUAUACAGUAAAUCUAAUUUUCAAUCUGGUUGGUAUGAUUAUUUUAUAAGUAUCAUUAUUAGCUCCUCUUUAUUUAACCAAAAUGAAAUAUAGAUAUGGAUUUGCCUUUUAAGCAGGAUUAGUAUUGCCUUGUUUUAUUCCUGCUUACAUUGUAUCAAGAUGCGAUGGAAACGAUAUUUAAAAUUUAAUUUGCAAUCCAAUAUUAUUGAUUCCUCUAACACUAAUAGGAUGUCUUUUCUUAGGAGCAGGAUUAGGUGGAUAUUUUGUUCUCUAAAAUACUUAUGUUAGUCAUUGUUCAACAGAAAAAAAUAAAGAGUUAUUUUUUGGCAUAACUUAUAUGUUACUUGGUAGUGCAUAUUUGUUGAAUGGAGUCACUUCUGAUUAAUUAUUAUAAUAUAUAGGACGGGAGAAUUUCUUUUUGUAUAGUGGAUUAUUUGAAUGCAUAUUAUCGUUAUUGUUUAUUUUUGUAUAACAACCUGAUAAAAGAAAUUAAACUUAAAUCUCUGAGGCUAAUUAACAUAUGAUCCAGAAUGAUUCUGUUGAUAAACUUGAAGAAAAAGUAACCAACAUUAAUGAAUAAUUUGCCAAAAUUGGAUUCAAAGCAUAAAUUAAGUAGAUCUUGUAAAAAUUUUAAUUGAAGGAAAUGAAAUUUUUAUUUUCUUUAUUCAUUUCUACAGGUGUAGUUAUAGGUUUUGAAUUUGGAAUCUUUCAUAAAUUCAUUUCAGCCUCUUUACCAGGCGAAGAUGAAAUCACAAUAAAUGUAAAAACAGCCAGAAUCUUUCUAUUUGUUGGAGUGGCUUAAAUAUUAAGCGGGAUAUGUAAUGGGUUAUCAAGAUAUUUCUUUGGAAUUAUCCAAAAUUCAAUCUUUUAUGGGAAUAUAUUUUAAUGUUUGAAUAUUAUUGCUAUUCUUAGUGCAUUUUAAAAAGAUUACAAUAUCAAUAUAAUUUUAGGCUUUUUGAUGUAUGAUUUAAAUUUACAUUUCUAGAGGAUUUACAGAUAAUUCAGGAUAAUUCAAUUCUGCUGUUAUCAUCUCAGAUAUUUGGAAAGAAGACAUGGCAAUUUUUGGAUUAUAUCUAUUUUGCCAAAAUUUUGGAGUCAUGUUUACUAAUCUUGUUGCUAUCUUUCUUGACGGAUAAUACCUAAUAUAUUAUUUGAUAUUGUUGAUUACUUUACAAUGUUCUACGAGUUUUUCUUAAUAAUAAUUUAAAAGAUCAUUACAAGAAUGA